AUGGCUCUACCCGAUGGUCUUUCGCUAGGGAGGAACACACAGAUAUUCAAAGCCAUAUCUAUCGAAAUCGUCAACAUCACUACCAUGGACGCCGAAUCUCCCAGGAUUCCCCACACCCCUCUCACGUUCCCCCUUUUGCCCACCGAGAUCCGCGUGCAAAUUAUAACGGAGGCCGCACAACACUCUCCCCGGGGUCACCUUGCGGCAGUUUCCGAGGAAUGGCAACUUUUCAUCGAGGAGAAGACGUUUGAGUCUCUCGUCGUCGACGACAUAGACCAGCUCAAAUUCCUUGAUAACUGCAGAGACUACCAUUCUCCGAGCGUGUGGACCUUUUCCUGCUUUUUAACAGCCCUCUUUGGCCACCUGGGGAGGUGGACAAAGGGCGACCUGACAUUGGAGAUCAACGCAUACUCUCCGAGCGAUUCGCGACACUUUUUCAAGAGCUACUACGUUGGAGAUCCAGCUGAGGACGAAGCUUUCGGUGAUCCUCGUACAUUCGACGACGAAAGACACGGCUUCUCACCUGACGGCCAACAGGUUCCCCUGGCACGGGAUACAAGAGAAGUUUAUGACAUGAUGGGUCUAUCCAUGUUAUCUCUUCAUCAAGUAAGAGUCAUCAAAAGAUUACUCAUUCGUCGACAAUGCCGCCGCCAAUUCACCACUGAUUUCUUGUUUCGGCUCCUUGCAUCGUUGCCUGCACUCAAACACAUCCAUUACGAGCCCUGGAGGAUGAUUGAUGAGGAGUUCCAAGAUGGCCAAUGGUAUCCAGCUUUUGGCAUCCUCAUCUCUGGGCAUCUCCCACGGAAUCUCAAGACCCUGAUACUUUUCGAGGACUUCAACGAACUCUUUUUCCCAGAUGUGCCUGCUUCGACGAGAAUACCAAACGCGCAGACCUCCCGGGCACUUUUGCACGCAAGCCUGAACCUUGAGCAUCUCUCGGCUUCUUUCAUGGUUGAUGCGCAGGAUUUCUUCGAUGCCAGCCAAACUUGUUGUCAAGACGCCAAGUGGGAAAAUCUGGAGUUUCUUGCGCUGACAUCGCGGUUGGUCGACCCAGCAGACAAGGACCUUGAACUCACGAAUCUCUUGUACUCGGCAGGGAUAUUUACGCUUAGAGCACCUCGGCUACGCACCAUGAUUCUAUGGUACGGGAACAAGAACCAGGCUUACGCCUUCAUCUACAAAAGGGACGAUACCUCAAUCACUUGGCACGGAACCCGGGAUUUCGACAUGAAUCAACAACGUAUAACUCAGAUCUAG